GGAAGCGGCGCGGCGGAGGCCCGGGGCGGGCGCGGGGCAGCAUGGCGGCGCUGCGGUGCGGCUGGGCGCUGGCGCUGGCCGGACGGACGAGCUGGUGUCCCGCUCCCCUGUGCCGAGGACGAGCGCUGCCGAGGCCCCCACCGGGCCCUGCCUGUGCCGUCGGCCGCCGGCUGCGGGGGGCAUCGUCCUUCUCCCAGCCAGGCCCGACAGAGAGUGACCCGGGCGAGGGACAAGUCUUUCUCAGCGAGAGCUGCGUGAAGAGGCUGCUGGAAAUCACAGAAGGCUCAGAGUUUCUCAGGCUGCAGGUGGAAGGAGGUGGCUGCUCUGGAUUCCAGUACAAAUUUUCCUUGGACACAGUUAUCAAUCCUGAUGACAGGCAAGGACAGAGGGGUGUGGUGGUGGUCAGGUGUGCCGGUUCUUUGCAAAGGGUGUUUGAACAAGGUGGUGCCCGUGUGGUCGUGGAUGUGGACAGCCUGGCCUUCGUGAAAGGUUCCAUGGUGGACUUCAGCCAGGAGCUGAUUCGCAGUUCCUUCCAGGUGGUGAGCAACCCCCAGGCAGAGAAGGGUUGCUCAUGUGGGACUUCCUUCUCUGUCAAAUUCUGACUGGACUUCCCAUGGAUGAACACUGUCUGCAGACACUUCCUGGCAGUUUUCAAAGGGGUUUUGCUUGUUCUUUACUCAGCUGCUCCCUCUUGCCUCCCUUAUCCUGUAACAAAGCCAUUACACAUGACUCCAGCUCUGUGUCUGCACUGAGCCUGUAUCCAAGACUCGUUGGCCUUCCCUUCAGAAACAUGAAGUAGCUGUGAGCACGUGGGAGCAUCUUCAGCACCUUAUAAACCGCUGGCCAGGUGGUGCUGACUUGCCUACCUUGUCCUGAAUGUGGAGCCACUUAACUGCUUGUCUCUGCAAGAGAUGGCUGUAUAUAUAUGUGUGUGUUUCUAUUGAAAGUUCUUACUAAAAAAAAAAAGUCUUUGAGAGUGA